AGCGUGCCAAAUGGGACUCUCACGUGCGAUCAUCCCUUCUCCCCAUUUUCUAUAUAAACCCCUCAAUGCUUGGGCAAACGUUGUUGUAUUUGUAUGGUGAGAGGCCCCCAACACCCAAAAGCCAAAUAAAAGGCUUAUCAUCCAUUUCAUCUCAAACCUUUUCAAGUGCUUAUAAUAUUAGUCCAUGCAUUUGCUGCAUUUACUUCUCAUUUUCUGAUUUUUUGAGCAUAAAUUUUAGGCUGCCGCCCCAUUACAUUUUUCUUGACUGCAGAAAGGGGGAAGGGAGAAAGAGGGGAGAAAAUCGAUAUUGUAGUACUGUUUUGUUAAUCAUAAAUAGAUAGAGACAAAAUAAAAAGGGCUUGUUGUAUUUCCUGUUUUUUCUUAAACCCAAAAAAAAAAAAAAAUCAAAAUUGAAGGAAAAUUUGAAAAACAGAAAAAAUGGAGAGAGAGUGUGAAACCAAGGAAUCAAGAUUCAGGAAGAUUUGUGUUUUUUGUGGCAGUAGCCAAGGAAAGAAGACUAGCUAUCAAGAUGCUGCUAUUGAACUUGGGAAGGAAUUGGUAUAUUUUUCUUCAUCUUCUCCCUUCCCCAUUUUGGGUUUCUUUUGAACUUAAUAGUCCACAUAUUGAACUCUGCCGUUCGUUUUCUGGCACAUUUUUCCAUCCGGGGUUUCUCCGAUGAAAAAGGGGUCAUUUUCUGUUGUCCAUGUCAAGUGAUUUGAGUUGGGUUUUCCCCAAAUCAAUCAAGAAUUUCUUCCAAAGCAGUGUUCUUUUCCCCCAUUUUUCUGAUUCGGAAAUUGAGGUUGCUAGUCCGGGAUGGCUUUGGUUGCUUUGACUUUGAUUUCAUGCAAAAAAUGCAGUCUUUUCUGGUGGCUUUCCCUAUCAGAGCCAUCCUUGCAUGCUGUACAUAUUGUACUCAUAUUUCACAGGAACGCACAUAAUCCCAAUGGAUACACUGUUCUUCAAGUUACCUUUCCUUUGUUUGAAAGCGGGAAGAUUAGAAUUUUAUUCGUGUACUCAACAUCUUCUUUCUUUUCCAAUGUGUUAUUAGCAUUUGUCCACAGGGUAUUUUCGCCCCCUGUCCUUUUGAAGAGCUUUGCUUUUAAUACCUCUUUUGAUGAUCUGGUUUUCUGUUUAGUUCAGUAUGCAUUUAACCCCAUGAAUCGAAUGUAUUUUGUUUUCCCUUUUUAGUUUACAGGACAUGUAUUUCCACCCCUUUCAUCUUUUACAGUGAUUGAAGAGUGUAAAAUUGAAAAUGUGACUUCAAAAGGUCUUUUGAUUAAAAAAAAUUGGUCCUUUUUCUGAGUUUUUAAAAGACAAUAUCUUCUCCAAAAAAUCUUCCCAGUUCAAACACAGUCUAAUUCAUCCUUAAACAAAGUUUUAACUUCAUGGGAUUGAUUGGGUUUCGUUCUCAUUGAAGGUUUCCAGAAACAUUGAUUUGGUCUAUGGAGGAGGCAGCAUAGGCCUGAUGGGUUUGGUUUCUCAAGCUGUUCAUAAUGGCGGUCGGCAUGUCCUCGGAGUUAUUCCCAAGACGCUCAUGCCUCGAGAGUUAACUGGUGAAACAGUAGGUGAAGUGAAAGCAGUUGCAAACAUGCAUCAAAGGAAAGCUGAGAUGGCUAGGAAUUCGGACGCUUUUAUUGCCUUACCAGGUGGAUAUGGAACACUUGAGGAGUUGCUAGAAGUGAUAACAUGGGCUCAGCUUGGUAUUCAUGAUAAGCCGGUGGGAUUGUUGAAUGUUGAUGGCUAUUACAAUUCAUUGUUGUCAUUCAUUGAUGAAGCUGUGGAAGAAGGAUUUAUCAGUCCAAAUGCUCGACACAUCAUUGUUUCGGCCCCUACUGCCAAGGAGCUAGUCAAGAAAUUAGAGGUGAAUACAACUCUGAGGUUGAAGAGGGAGUCUUUUAUUAAUUUCGCAGGAUAUCUAAAUCUGCAGAAUAAGAGUUCUGAUAUAUCUUGUGAUUGCCUUGACAGGAGUACGUGCCUCGCCAUGAAAGAGUGGCUCCGAAGAUAAGCUGGGAAAUGGAGCAGCUUGGAUAUGGGUACCCUGCAUCAAAAUUUGAUAUUUCCAGAUGAGAAAUGGACAUAAAUAUAUAAUGCAGCAGCUGAAGGAACAUUCUGACCCAAGAAAUUGUAGGAAUUUUUGUUGGUGAAAGGGGGAAAUCCUUUUGUAAAUUGAGAUGGUGAAAGUGACCUCAAUGUUUGACAACCUUUCUAUAUUACCCCUUGUCACUUUUGGUGUUCUUUUGCAAGUUGUAACUAUAAGAACAAAAUUAAGCUUAUGGAAUUCUCUAGUUGAAUCCCCCAAGUCCUAACUUAUGUAUCUACCUACAACUUAGUUCCCAAUUGACCUUCUCCAAAAUAAGCAUAUAUAUGUAUAAAUUUUCAUGGGAUUUAAAGAACCCUUAUGCAAGGGUACGUACCAAAAAU